AUGGCAGCCACUCAAACCUUCCCCCAGGCGAUCAACCUGAUGAACAAGCAGGAAGAUGCCUCGUCCGCGAAAAUCGAGCUGAUUCCCGCCCCGAUGCCUCAUAUCUUAAGCAAAGGAGACUACCAAGACUUCAGGGCCGAGCUCUAUGAGAAUGGAUUUGCUGUAAUCAAAGGGGCCAUUCCACUGGAUCGCGCGGAGAAGUAUUGCGAAAAGGCCCACGACUGGUUACGUUCAUUCGGUACCGACCUUGACUUCGACAACCCAGAUACAUGGGUUUCGGAGAAUCUGCCGCACGCGAAUCAAAUUCGAACAUAUGCCGACUACUGCGUCAACCACGAGAAAUUUAUGUGGGAUGCUAGGCUGGAGCCGGGCGUUGUGGACGCGUUUGCUAAAGUCUGGGAGACCGAUGAGCUUCUUGUCAGUUUUGAUAGCUUGAACAUCACUUUCCCCAACCGCAAGGACAUUCCAAGGCGCAAAGCCUGGGAGCACAUUGAUCAAUCUCCGAUGCGACGUGGCCUUCACUGCGUCCAGGGAAUUAUUGCCCUCUCUCCCUCCGGACCCGACGAUGGAGGUCUUGUUGUGUAUCCCAAAUCCCACAAGUUCAAUGACGAGUUCUUCGGCUCACAGUCCGACAAGAAAUCCUGGCUACCAUUCAAAGACAUCUAUAUGCUUCCUCAGACCGAGUUGGACUGGUUUACGGCGCGCGGGAUGGGCCCGCACAAGGUCUGCGCAGAGCCCGGCGACCUGAUCCUCUGGGACAGCCGUGUGAUCCACUACGGUUCAGAGCCAACUGAGAAGAGCAAUCAAACCAGGACAGCCAUAUACGCAGCAUACACGCCGGCUUCGAUGGCUACCCCUGAGCAGUUGGCUUUGAAAAAACAAGUUUUCGAGAAGUACGGUGGUACAACUCACUGGCCCCAUAGCCAUAUCGCAGUCCGCAAUCCACACGUUAUGCUCCCUGAUGGCACACGAGACCCCCGCGACCGAGAUCAGCCACUCGAAAUACCGGAAUUCUCGGAUAGGUUACUCAAACUUGCUGGAGCGAAGUCGUAUUAAGUUUUGUCGUUAUUGAGACCCUGAAUUUGUUGAAGUUUUUUUUGUUCUUUUUCCCAAAUGUUUUAUGUAUAUAAAGAUAAAGAUAACCAAAUUAAUGCUUAUUGAUCGACCUUUUUACAUAGUUAUCCAAAUACCUAAAUGUAUAAGCCAGAAUCCUAGGAACAGCCAGUCUACUUCUUUCGCCUGGGUUAAGGCCUGGCUGUCUAAUCAUAGAGCUCUCUUCCGGAAUCCCGUCGUCUAGAGCGGGAAAAACGUCGUAUAACGGCCAGUGUAGAUAACAAACGCUCCACAGCGAUCUUGGCUGGGCCAAUAGUCUUUGCUAAUUCUAGUGUCCAUCAUUUCUCUUUCCCAACUACCCGGUAGAGUUCGAGUUCGUACAUGAGCGCCAUGGAUGGGUGCUACCGCGUAAUAAGCUGCUCUCCGCUGGUUACUGGGUCCUCAGCAGGGGA